CUUCUUCCUAUAUAUGCAUGCCUUCUGCUUCUAACUGCUCACUCAAUGCCCUUCUUCCUCCGCAGAACCAAAGCCCUGCUUCACUUUCCUCACUUCUGUUCCAACACUGGUAGUCCAAACCCAAUUCCCAGAACGUCUGAACACACCAAAGGAGACAGGAGAUAGUAUCAUGGGCUGCUUCAGUUGUUGUGUACAAGACGAUGCCCAUACAGCUGCGGAUCAUGGACCAUUUGUACCGCAUGGGUCAGCAGGCAAUGGCUACCAUCCCAGAGAAGCUGCACAGAGGGAUACUCAGAUUGUAAAUAUACAACCCAUUGCCGUUGCUGCCAUUCCAGUAGAUGAAUUGAAAGAUCUGACUGAUAAUUUUGGUACAAAGGCCUUAAUUGGUGAGGGUUCAUAUGGAAGAGUUUAUUAUGGUGUUCUUAAAAGUGGGCCUGCUGCUGCUAUUAAGAAGCUAGAUGCCAGUAAACAGCCACACCAAGAAUUUUUGUCACAGGUCUCCAUGGUAUCAAGACUAAAACAUGAAAAUGUUGUUGAGCUUGUUGGUUAUUGUAUUGAUGGCCCUCUGCGUCUCCUAGCCUAUGAGUAUGCUCCUAAUGGAUCCCUUCAUGAUAUUCUUCAUGGACGGAAAGGUGUCAAAGGGUCAGUGCCAGGUCCAGUUCUGUCAUGGACACAAAGGGUUAAAAUCGCAGUUGGAGCAGCAAGAGGACUUGAGUAUCUACAUGAAAAGGCUCAGCCCCAUAUAAUCCAUCGUGAUAUAAAAUCCUGCAAUAUAUUACUUUUUGAGGAUGACGUUGCAAAGAUUGCUGAUUUUGAUCUGUCAAAUCAAGCCCCUGAUAUGGCAGCUCGUCUUCAUUCGACUCGUGUUCUUGGAACAUUUGGUUAUCAUGCUCCAGAGUAUGCAAUGACUGGACAGUUGAGUUCAAAGAGUGAUGUCUACAGCUUUGGUGUUGUCUUGCUUGAACUUUUAACCGGCCGUAAACCUGUUGAUCAUACAUUGCCGCGUGGCCAACAAAGCCUUGUGACUUGGGCUACACCUAAACUGAGUGAGGACAAGGUGAAGCAGUGUGCUGAUGCUAGACUCAAUGGCGACUACCCUCCCAAGGCAGUUGCAAAGUUGGCUGCUGUUGCUGCCUUGUGCGUCCAAUAUGAAGCUGAUUUCCGGCCAAACAUGAGCAUUGUGGUCAAGGCUCUACAGCCUCUAUUGAAUGCUCGGUCCGGUCCUUCCCAUUGAAACUAUAAACUUGUGUAUUCCCUAGCUGGUCAAUCUCUUGCGGACAAUUUAUGUUGCCAGUUUUAACAGUUAUAUAUAAGAUCAUGUACUAUCAUAUUAUUCCCAAUAGGUAUUAAAGCCUUCAACAUUGUCAUCCACAUUGAUUCGGCUACAGCUUUGGCAUUGGUUAUUUGACAAAGUUGUACUUUUACCAUACUAAAUUUUGUUUCUUGAAAUCA